AUGAAUUCAUCUAUUAUUUAUAAAAGAAAACGAGCUUUAAUUAUUGGCAUUAAUAAAUAUCCUUGUCAUCCAUUGCACUAUUGUUGUAAUGAUGCUACUGAUUUACAUACAAUUCUUCAACAUAUCGGUUUUGACACCUUUUUGGGUUUAGAUUGCAGUCUUGAUGAGUUUUUACAUCAAAUUAAUAGAUUUAUUGAGACAAUUGAACAUGAUGAUUUAGUAUUGUUUUAUUUUGCCGGUCAUAGUAAACACAAUGGUGAUGAAAAUUAUUUAUUACCAUCAAAUUAUGAUUAUAAUUAUCUAACAGAUGAACAUGAUUAUAUAAUACAAUAUGCUAUAAAUAUUAAAUAUAUCAUGAAGAAAGUAUAUGAUAGACAAUGUCGGAUUUCAAUCUAUCUAUUUGAUUGUUGCAGAUAUAUCAGACGAACACGACUAAUCAGUAGAAAUGAAGGAUUAGUACCAAUCAUACCACAACUACAAAGUCUAAUUGUAUUUUCUUGUACACCUGGUAAAUUAAUUUUAGAAGAAACACAAAAUAAUAGAAAUGGUUGUUUUAUGGAAAAUUUGUUAAAAUAUAUUUCAAUGCCCAAUAAAGAUAUCGAAGAAAUAAUAAUGAAUGUUAUUGACAAUGUUAAUCUACAAACUGAUGGUUUGCAAUUACCUCAUCGAAUAAGUUCUCUCACGAACAAAGUCUACUUUAUUACAAAUAAUAAUCAAGAAAAAGUGAUAUGUUCGAUGAACAUUCAUAAAAAUACGAAAUGGAAACAGUAUGGAACAAUUAUUGCUGGAGGAAAUGGGCAAGGUAGUGAAUUGCAUCAACUAUCGCUUCCUGUUAGUAUCUGCAUUGAUAACGAUAAUCAAGCCAUUUAUGUUGCUGAUUGUUAUAAUUGUCGUAUUAUGGAAUUUAAAUGUGGUACAACCAAUGGUCGAGUUGUCGCUGGUGGAAAUGGAUAUGGAAAUAGAAUCGAUCAGUUGAACCGUCCAUCAGAUGUGAUUAUCAACCGAAAGAAUGAUUCACUUAUCAUUUCCGAUCAAGAAAAUAAACGCAUAGUACGAUAUUCUCGUCGUAAUAAUAUAAACCAACAAAUAGUUAUCUCAAACAUUGACUGUGGAGGUCUAGCAAUGGAUAGCAAUGAAGAUCUCUAUGUUUCUAAUUGGAAAAAGAACGAAGUAAGACGAUGGAAGCAAGGUGACAAAAAAGGAACAAUUGUAGCUGGUGGAAAUGGAAAAGGCAAUCAUCUUCACCAACUUGAUUCGCCUACUUAUAUCUUUGUCGAUCGAGAUUAUUCAAUUUAUGUAUCAGAUACUUGUAACCAUCGAGUGAUAAAAUGGUUGAAUGGUGCUAAACAAGGAAUUGUUGUUGCUGGUGGACAAGGUCAAGGAGAUAGUCUCACACAAUUAUAUCGUCCUCAAGGAGUGAUUGUUGAUCAUAUGGGUAAUGUCUAUGUAGCUGAUUCAGGAAAGAAUCGAAUAAUGCGUUGGUGUGAAGGAGAUAAAGAAGGUUCGAUUGUUCUUGGUGGGAAUGGAUGGGGACAACAAGCAAAUCAAUUCAGUGGAACUGUAAAUUUAUCAUUUGAUGAAGAAGGAAAUCUCUUUGUUGUGGAUUAUUAUAAUCAUCGAAUUCAAAGAUUUGAGAUGGAUAUCGAUUGA